AUGUGGUCAAAGAUAGUACGAUUUAUUCCAAAGAUUGGAUGUAUUUUCAUUCUGAUUCUAAAAGUACGUUAUAUUUUUAUGUGAACUUUGCAAUCAACUGCUUUAUAUAACCCUUAUAAUAAUAAUUCUAAGGAAAAAUAGAAAAAUGCCGUCAUACGAAAUGCCACUAUUAUUGCGUAUUAUGAAAAAGCCAGAAUUGGUGGCAACUUUAAAAAGAACAAGUGAAACAAUAUUCAACACAGGUGGUAUUAUUAGAAAAAUUGAGAAUUGGGGAGUGACUGAAUUACCAUACAAAAUUUCUAUCCAUAACCAUCUUCAUAGUGAAGCAAAUCAUUUUUGUAUAUGGUUUGAUGCACCUCCAAGAUUAAUAGAACAUAUUGUAGAUGAAGGUAGAAGGGAUAUUGAUAUCAUUAGAAUAAAGGUAUAUAAUCAUUUAAAACCACCUAAGACAGAAUGUACGUUGCAUGAGGAAAUGUUACCACCGCCAUAUAGGCCCAGUGUUCAGAAACUAAUGGAAAUAGCAGAGAAACAGCAUAGAAACAGAUAUGCAUUUAAGUACAAUAGUGGGUUGAAUUAUUAUCCUUUUUGCAAAUAAUUAAAUAUGGGCUUUCUUCUGUUCAAUGUAGUAUUAAAUCAUAUUUGUUUCAAAAUAGAAUAUUAAAGAAAAUAUAUUAAAAGUAUCAACUGGAGAAACGUUUUGCUAUAGUGAUAGUAUUUGGAUUUAGGGUCGAAAACACAUUUAGAAAGAAUAUAACACAACUGUACUCCAUAUUAACAUUUGAUAUAAAAAUCACUUGUUUA